AUGAAAUCCAUCCUCGUCCUCUUCGCCUUCGGCCUUUUCGUGACCCAGACCCAGGGCUGUGAAAUUCCUGGCACAUUCUGCAUCCGCUAUGGUGCUAAAGCAUGCGAGUGCAACGGCGGACACCAGUUGGAAUGUCAGGUCACCGUGGCUCCGAUGGUGGAUGAUCAGGGCGGCGAGACCGAGAUGUUCUGGACUAGGUUUAGGGACUGUCCUGUGCCGGCUGAUGGCGGGUUGCAGUGUAUUAAUGGGAUGUGUACUUCCUAG